AUGAAGAGGGAAGAGGGAAGAGGGAAGGGGAAAAGUAAGGUAACGGGAACAAGCCGGAGAAAUGAGAAGGGCAAGAAGGAUAAGCAUGGUGAAAUUUGGGUAUAUGAAUUAAUUCCUAGAAUGGCGGACCUGAAUUACUGCAAGGAUGUUGAUCCGACAGCUGUCCCGCGUAUUUUGCAAUGGAGAACUACUACGUCUAUUCCCGAGAUGAGAAAGUUGAACAAUUAUUUUUUCCAGAGCAAAGAGUCAGUUCAGUUGUGGGCGCUACGUCCGAGUGAAAAGAAAAUGAGACAACCAUAUUGGAUUUGGCCACAGGAUCGCCUUACUGUUGUCUCGGAAGAGUCAAUUCCUUCUUCAUGUGCUGACCUUGAUGAGUUGAACAAGGUGGAAGUAAGGAGGGACCUAGCUGUUCUGAAAGAGAGGACGAAUCGUUGUGCCAUCUCACAUCUAUUUAAGGGAUGUGAGGAAGUGGAUGAUAUUGAAUGGGAUGAAGGGCCAAGUAAUAUAAAUGAGGGAGAGGAAAAGGAAGAGGAGGGGAUUGAAGGGGGUGAAGUGCAAAGAAAACCAAGUGAGGUAGAGGAAGCGCAAAGGAAAAGAAGUGAGGGAGAGCAAUUGAAAAUAAAAAGCAGCAAGGGAGAGGAAGAGCAAAGAAAGAGCAGUGAGGGAGAUGAAGUGAAAAUAAAAAGCAGUGAGGGAGAGGAACUGCAAAGAAAGAGCAGUGAGGGAGAGGAUUCGCAAAGAAAAAGAAGGGAGGGCAAGGAAGUGAAAAGACAAAGAAGUGAGGAAAAGGAAGUGCAAAGAAACCAAUGUGAGGAAGAGGAUAAUGAAGUUAUGUUGCUUGGCAAUGACAUUAGCGAGAGCACGGAGGGGACAAAGGUAAAGCUGUGGAACAAGAGGUCCAAUUACGGAAGAGGAAGAGGAUUAUUCCUAUGUGGAAGAUCAUUGAAGCUAGUGAAUUGGUAA